AUGGGAUGUGAUGAAGAAUGUAUUGAUGAAGAACAAUAUUAUGAAGAAGAAAUUGUAGUUGGAAAUAAAAAAGAUGAAUUUGAAGGAUAUAUUAGCGAUACAAACAUGGAUUUAUCUUGGAAGUUAAAAUUGCCCGAUGAAUUUGCAAAUAUAACAUUCAUUAAUAAUAAUACGUACAGUGGUCGUAUUAGUAGGAAAAUGAUGGAAGGUGAAGGCGUUUAUAGAUGGGUUAAUGGUGCUCAAUAUAAAGGAACAUUUGAACAAAAUCUUAUGCAUGGGAAAGGUUUACUGGAAUGGAAUAAUGUUUGUUGGUACGAAGGUGAUUUUAUAAAUGGUUAUCGACAUGGUAGAGGAAUGAUGGUGGAUGGAGAAAAUCGUUACAUGUAUACUGGUCAGUGGUAUAAGGGCUUAAGACAUGGUAAAGGGUAUUAA